CGAGCUUCCGCCUCGUCCCAGGAGCCCUUUCUAGCGUCGCGUGGCUGGAGAGCCGUAGGCCGUGAUCCGCCCUCGAAGAGGGGUCCUAGCCCCUUCCAGAGGCGGCGUGUGUCGACCUAAGGGGCCGUGGCGGCGCGGUGCAGGCCGGGAGCCUGAGCAUAGGCGGGUGCCCCGACCUCUGGGAGCAGCGGGCCCGGGGACGCGGACGCCUGCGCAGAGACGGCCGAGGGCCGCGGAGGUGCGGGCGAGCAUGCAUAAGCUUAAAUCAUCUCAGAAGGAAAAAGUCCGCCAGUUCACGGCCUGUACUCAGGCUGGUGAGAGAACUGCCAUCUACUGCCUAACGCAGAAUGAGUGGAAACUGGACGAGGCCACCGACAGCUUCUUCCAGAACCCAGAUGCGUACCACAGGGAAUCCAUGCGGAACGCAGUGGACCAGAGGAAGCUGGAGCAGCUGUAUGGCAGGUACAAAGAUCCACAAGAUGAAAACAAAAUUGGAAUUGAUGGGAUUCAGCAGUUUUGUGAUGAUUUAAACCUAGAUCCUGCCAGUAUCAGCGUUCUGGUCAUAGCAUGGAAAUUCAGGGCUGCCACUCAGUGUGAAUUUAGCAAAAAGGAAUUUCUAGAUGGUAUGACAGAGCUUGGGUGUGACAGCUCAGAAAAGCUGAAGGCUCUUCUGCCCAGACUGGAACAGGAACUUAAGGACUCUGCGAAGUUUAAAGACUUUUAUCAGUUUACCUUUAGCUUUGCUAAGAACCCCGGGCAAAAGGGUUUAGAUUUGGAAAUGGCAGUUGCCUAUUGGAAAUUAGUACUGUCUGGAAGGUUUAAAUUUUUAGAUCUUUGGAACACGUUCCUGCUAGAACAUCACAAAAGAUCAAUUCCAAGGGAUACAUGGAACCUUCUGCUAGAUUUUGGAAACAUGAUUGACGACGACAUGUCCAACUAUGACGAAGAAGGAGCCUGGCCUGUCCUCAUAGAUGACUUUGUGGAGUAUGCACGGCCAGUAGUCACAGGCAGAAAACGCCGCCCUUUCUAGGAGGACUCAGGUGCAAGGAGGUGGGAAGACAACUUGCGUCCUGCAGAGAGCUGUGUUGGUCAGGUGCCAUGUGUGUUGCUGCUUAGCAGCCAUCCUCGCCAGCCACGGGACUGAAACCUAUACUGUGCUUCAAGGCCACAGUGGCCACUGCCACUCCAGGAGAAGCUCCUCAGAGGACAGCUACUCGGGCGGGUGAAGAUGUGUCGUCAGCACUGCUGCUUAAGGAGAUGCCCAUGCCCUAAACUCACAAAGCAACCAGUACUGUUUGAGAACUGCAGAGCACGUUGUUCGGCUCGUGACAUAGGUGGACACCAGCAGUUACGCACUGCGGAGUCACCCCAGAGUUAGCUGUUAAGAGGCAGUGCAGGUGCCCUGGGCAGAUCGGUGUUUCCAUGUAAGUCAGAGCUACAGAAUGUGCCCUAACGGAGGUGCCCGUGCUGGAGUCUGAUGUUUUUUAAUCUUGGUGCCAGAAAUUCAAGAUUUAUAUUUUUGAAUUAUCAGAUAUCUAGAUUUACUAUAUCUAUUUUUGUUUUCAUGUUCUUUAGAUGUUUAUCUGAAAAUCAUUUUGCACUUUUGAGAUGCUGUUAGUUUGUACCGCAGUGAGGCAUCAGGUGUGAUUUCAGCAGAGUUUUAUUUUAAGCUGUUUACAGGCCAGGGGCCUAUUUUACUUCUAAUGCUGUUAUUUGAACUUCCUGAGAAGUUUCAUGUUUGUAAUAUAUUCUAUUAUAUUUAAAAAGACAUUUUUCCAUGAAAAAUAUUUCUUUUUGAGUGGUUAAUUACAGGUUUAAACAUCAAGUGCACUGGUUCCCUCCCCUUUUCUGUGAUACGUUCAGCUCCCCAAGGCCAGACCUUCAGACCCUAAGCACAGAGGAGGCAAGAAUGACAUGCUGUUCUCCAGAGCAGCACCCAAGUCCUCCGUCUCAGGCAGUGCUGCCGCCUGUUUAGGCCUGAGUUAGCGUCUGCUGCUCGGUGUCCGGCCAGCCGAGGAUCUACUCUCGCACGCUGGCAUGGAGAACCCGGUGCCGUCUGCUCUUCCGGUGUCGUGCUUUGAGUGGCACUGUGCUGCCCCUGCCUCACAUUUGCCAAGACUGCAUCACAAGUGUGCCUUGCUACCCACCUGUGACAGCCGUGGAGCAGCUAGGCUGGGCUUGUUCCAGGCAGGGUCUCUGGUGUCCUUCACCCGGAAGCAGCUCCUCGCAGCCUGGGAUUGUGGGUCCUGCCACCUACGAGCAGUCAGUGCUUUUGCGAGGCACCCUCCCAAGGACAGCGGGGGUGCAGGGCUGGCAGGGACCUGCGGCCGAGACGCCUCCAUGUCCAGCCCUCUCUGUGCAUGACGGUCUGACAGGGACAAGAGCAGGCCGAGUCGUGUGACCUUCCUCGGGUCUCUGGCCAUGUCUGUAAAAGGGAAAGCUGGGUGUGUCCUCCUUCAGAACUGUGACUCAGAGAGUAUGUAUUUCGCGUAGCAAAAACCUAAGAAACAUGGAAGCAUCCUGGGCUUUGCAGAUUCUCAAUGAGUAAUCAUUCUGUUCAGAGACGUUUAUAGAAUUCAAAUAACUAUAAAAUAUGGGAGUCAGCAAUACUUUUUAAGAUUUAAAAUUCUGUGGGGUUGUCAAUAGAUACCAAAUUAUUAAUUGGAAAAAGGCUCUUCAAAAAAUUGUUCUUUUUCUGUUUAGAGUUGUGCAUGCUACACAAAUGUUAAGAACUUCAGGAACACCAAAAUAAAUUAUUUUCUGUGG